UGCAGUGCGCGCGUCACUUCCUGAGUCUCCGCACACAAACACCACCAAAUCACUGUCUUGAUUAUCUCUCAUAAUGAGAGGAACACAUAUUAUACUUGAACUUGAGCAUGAAUGAAACCCGUUUCUGAGGGGUUCGUGCUGAAACUCAAGUGUGCCAAGAAGCAUGAACCUGCACCAGGUGCUCACAGGAGCCGUCAACCCUGGAGAAAACUGCUUCUCUGUGGGCAGCGUCAACGACCAGCCCUUCACGGCCUACGCCUCUGGCUGUGACAUCGUCAUUCUGGGGAGUGACUUUGAAAGGAUCCAGAUCAUCCCAGGAGCCAAACACGGGAACAUCCAGGUGGGCUGUGUGGACUGUUCACUGCAGAGCGGACAGAUCGCAGCGUCGUACGGAAAAAUUAUUUGUGUGUUUGAGCCGGUGGAGGUCAGUCCACAAGGGAAAGCACAAAAACAGAAGCUGAAUUAUCAUUGGCAGAAGAGCGGGCAGUUUGUUCUGCAGUCGGUCGCACAGAUCCUGACGUGGCACCCCACAGGUUCGUGGCUUCUGACGGGCUCGGCGUGUCUGCAGAUGUGGUGUGAUGUUCAGUCCAGCGCAGAGACUGAAGAGGAGGCUGAAUCCGCCGGUCCUCGGCGCUCCUGGAGAUGCGUAUGGCAAUGCAAGUCCGCUGCUCCGACUCACUUCAUCAAGUUUUCCCCAGAUGGAGAGUUUUUCGCGACCGCAGGACAGGACGACUGUCUGGUGAAGGUGUGGUACAGCACCAGUAAAUGGCAAGCAGACGUCACCAAACUCUUCACGCCGCUCGACCUGUGCUCCGGAGCCGAGAUCAACUUCUCCUUCAUUUACCUGGCUCACCCUCGCUCCGUCACCGGCUUUUCCUGGAGGAAGACCAGCAAAUACAUGCCCAGAGGCACCGUGUGUAACAUGCUGCUGACCUGCUGCAAGGACAGUGUGUGUCGCCUGUGGGCCGAAACACUGCUUCCCAGCGACUGCCUGCUGUCUGGACUCAGACACAAUCACUGCAGCAGCGACGCCAUGAAGGCAAACAACACGAAGAAGUCCUCCAGCAGCACCCGAGUGCAGAACCAGAACCCGCUGGAGCUGAAGCUGAAGCCGUCGUGGAGAGAGGAGGUGCGGUGUUUAUCUCAGCUCUCAUACAGCGGUCCUCUGCCCCAGCAGCAGAACAAACACUACAGCCACCGCACAAACAUCCUGCACGCUAACGCACUGUGCCACUUCCACAUCGCCGCCAGCAUCAACCCAGCCACAGACAUCCCUCUGCUGCCCUCCAUCUCGUCCAUGAACGGCUCUGAUGAGGAGGAACCGGGCGGCCCGUUCACCGUUCACUGGCUCAACAACAAAGAGCUGCACCUGACGCUGAGCAUGGAGGUGUUUCUACAGCAGCUGAGGAGCAGCGGCGAACAGAACGGACCCACAGAGCGCUACGAUGCUGAUGAGGAGGGGAGCGGCGCUGAUGCUGCGGCUCUGAGCUCCGUCUCUCUCCCUGCGGCGGCUGUGGAUCAUCAGGUGGAUGUGCUGCUGAGUGACUGGAACAGAGCAGCAGACAUGCUGUUCAGCAUCCACCCGAUGGACGGCUCGCUGCUGGUGUGGCUAGUCGACUGGCUGGACGAAUACCAGCCGGGCAUGUUCCGACAGGCGCAGGUUUCCUUCGUGUCCAGGAUUCCCGUGGCCUUCCCCACCGGCGACGCCAUCUCGCUCAGCCGCAGCGUGGUCAUGUAUGCCUGCAACAGAAACGUGGACCUGGCCAUGCAGCACGGCCGUCACCGUACCGCAGGCCUGCCUCACUCGUCCUCCUCCGCUCUGAUCGGACUGAGCCAGAGCAAACCCUCCUCCAGCAGCCUGCGUCUCAGCAUCUUCACCCCCAGUGUCCUGAUGAUCUCCAAACACGCCGACGGCUCGCUCAACCAGUGGGCCGUCAGCUUCGCCGAGGACUUGGCCUUCUCCACGGUGCUCAGCGUGUCUCAUAAAUCACGAUACUGCGGCCACCGCUUCCACCUCAACGAUCUGGCCUGCCACUCUCUGCUGCCGCUGCUGCUCACUACCUCGCACCACAACGCCCUUAGGACACCCGACGGGGACGCCGCUCUGACCCGCCCCGCUGCUGCCCAGUCCCACAGGAGCAGGGUGUCUUCUGGCGGCGUCGCCCAGGAUCCCAACGCGAUCUACAGCGAGCUGAUCCUGUGGCGGGUGGAUCCGGUGGGUCCGCUGUCGUUUUCGGGGGGCGUGUCGGAGCUGGCCAGGAUCAACUCGCUGCACGCGUCCGCCUUCUCUAACGUGGCCUGGCUGCCCACGCUCAUCCCCAGCAACUGCCUCGGUGUGUAUGGAAACUCACCCAGUGCCUGCUUCAUCGCUAGUGACGGACACUCACUCCGACUCUAUCAGGCCAUCAUCGAGGCCAGAAAACUGCUGAGUGAACUCUCCAACCCCGACAUCUCCAAAUAUGUUGGAGAGGUGUUUAACAUCAUCAGCCAGCAGUCGACGGCCAGACCAGGCUGCAUCAUUGAGCUUGAUGCCAUCACAGACUUUNNGGGGAAAGAGACGCAGCUGCUGCAUGUGUUUGAGGAGGACCUGAUCUUGGGAAAUGAGAAAACAGACAAUUACCUGCAGGAUUCUGUUCCCAGCCGGACGCUCUUCUCCGCUCGCUUCUUCCUGGUGGUGGUGGAGAUCACUCAGAGCGGCAGGUCGCUGCUGCACAUGUGGCAUCUACAGCUGGACGCAGUUCCUGUCGUUAUGGGUUUGUAA